AUCGGUGAAUGCGAGCUCCGAGUAUUCCGAGUAUUCCUUUACGGUAUAAGGUUUGCGUAAUUACUAGAUUUGCCUAAUAGUUUCAAUAUCCAUAAACAGAAUGUAAACAUAAAAGUCAACCUCGAUUGCAUUUUGAGUAACAUUUCCACCGAAGACAGUCGCGGUAAACCGGUUGAGCCGAAUUAAUCAUACCGAAAAAAAUGUGAGAAUUUACUUCUUCGCUGCAGAGCACCUUUUUAACCGUCCACGUAGUUGAUUUGUCGCCAUAGUAAUAAGUUCUAAAGAUAUAAUUGGUUUAGUAAAAGUUUAGCUAUGAAUCAGGAAAUUCACAUUAAAACCAAGCACUUUUUCGCUGUGCUGAUAAUAUUAGGCUUUUGGUUGAUCUAUAGCCUGAGUACCGGAGGCUGUGAAACGGAUGAGCAGACACAAAUCGCAGACGAGCUAGCGGCCAGCCGAGAAGCAUUCUUACCCAAUCAGCAGGGGCCAACCAUAUAUGCCAUAACGCCAACAUAUGCCAGACCGGUGCAGAAAGCCGAACUAACAAGGUUAUCCCAUUUAAUUAGACUUGUUCCUAAUGUGUUUUGGAUAUUGGUCGAGGAUGCUGACCAUAAUUCCGAGCUAGUAGGUAACCUACUGCGCCGAAGUGGCCUUGAAGAUCGAAGCGUUCAGUUGUUUGCGAAAACACCAACUAACAUGAAACUGCAGGGAAAAGAUCCCAACUGGCUGAAGCCUCGUGGCGUUGAACAGCGCAACAAAGCAUUAGAAUGGAUUAGAAAACAUCUCGCUGAAAAUGGUGGGCGUCAAAAACACUCGCUUAUCUAUUUUAUGGAUGAUGACAAUACUUAUAGCACUGAGUUGUUCGCAGAGAUAUCUAAGAUUGAACAGAAUAAGGUUGGAGUUUGGCCGGUUGGUUUAGUUGGGGGAUUGAUGGUAGAGAAACCAGUACUCAAUCGGGAUGGAAUUGUGCUGGGUUUCAACAGUGCAUGGCGACCAGAACGGCCUUUUCCAUUCGACAUGGCUGGAUUUGCUAUUAGUUCGAAUUUAAUUUUAGACAAUCCCCAAGCCCAAUUUAGCUAUGAAGUCGAGCGAGGUUACCAGGAAAGUGAAUUACUUCGCCACUUGACGAUUGUGCACGAAAUGCAACCAUUGGCAAACAAGUGUACUGAAGUGUUGGUAUGGCACACGCGUACUGAAAAUCCCAAACUCGAGGCGGAAAAAGUACUGGUAAAAUCUGGCAAACCAUCUAACGCUGGGUUAGAAGUGUAGAACGGCUGGUCUUGGGUACAUAAGGCUUGCUCAGCAGUGUCGAUUAUACGAUUUAAUCGUUUUCAAAUUGUUAUAUAUAAUACCGCAACUGUGUCUUCUUGACGAUAGAAUAUAUAAAGAGAGAUCUGACGGAAAUAAUUUGUAUUUAAUAUCAAUCAGCAGCUACAUUUAAAAUAGAUUCAAACUAACUCAAUUUUUCAGUAUCAAGUCACGAUCAACUUGUAGAGAUAUUUUGCAUAAGAUAUUUAUAUCAUGGAAUAGUUACUAUUUAUUUUAAGAUAUUUUUGUAAAACAACAAUAAAUGCGCUGUAAUUCUAUGAUCAACGGUAGUAAUAAUUUAUGGUCUGCAGCUUGAUAUUUUUUGAGUAUAAUGGUUUUUGCAGUAAUUAAUUAUAGUAAAAAAGUUGUAAAAUAAUAUGUUCGAAUUAAGUAAGUGAUUCAUUCCAUUAUUGCCACUAUAGAAAACUGUGUAGUUAUUUCACCCUCUCUGUCCCACGGGUGUUUAGGUAGUUUGCAGUUUUUGGACAUCUGAAAAAGUUAUUACUAAGCAUUACAUCAAGCAAAACUAUACAGCACAGCUUAUACAACAAUGUUUCAAGUCCUCAAAUAGAAAUAUCCUUGUAUGUCUUAACUUUAGUAUCACAAGUCAUGGAUAACCUGUACUGGCAUGCGACAGAGAGGGUUAAAUAUUUAAGAAUUGCGAAAACUAAGCGAAUGACUUAGGCGAGGCUUCUCACAGAACACUGUUCUUAAAAUUGUACACUUUACAACAACAUUCUGUACAGUUUUACGAACGUGUAUUAACGUGAAUGUACUACCAGUCGCCGCGUGUAUCAGUGAAUUAAAAUUAAAACGUUGAUGUAGUUUCGUAGCAACAAUAGAACUGUAUGCAUAAAAUUGUUCAAAUCUCAGUUUGUUGAAAGCGAUAAAAAUACCACCGUGUGCGCGGUGACUGGUGCUUCCCGGUACUCUGCUUUGGUUAGUCUUAAGCCACACAUUUAUCCAAAUGUUUGAAACUAUUACAGAUUUAUAUAUUUAUAAAAUUUUUCAAAUGACUUGAAGUCUUUACAUUUAAUUUUAUGUGAUUUUUAAUGGUUAACAUAGCUCGCAAUAUGUAUUAAG